UCCAAGAUGGCGGAGAGUCUCCCCGAGCAUGAUCGGAUCCUGCAGGAGAUCGAGAGCACCGACACAGCCUGCGUGGGACCCACCCUGAGGUCUGUAUAUGAUGACCAACCAAAUGCACAUCAGAGGUUUAUGGAAAAACUAGAUGCCUGCAUACGUAACCAUGACAGGGAGAUAGAAAAGAUGUGCAAUUUUCACCAUCAGGGCUUUGUGGAUGCUAUUACAGAACUUCUUAAAGUUAGGGCUGAUGCAGAAAAAUUAAAGGUCCAAGUUACUGAUACCAACCGAAGGCUUCAGGAUGCUGGGAAAGAGGUGAUAGCCCAAACAGAGGAAAUCAUCCGCUGUAGAGUUCAGCAACGGAAUAUUACAACAGUUGUGGAAAAACUACAGUUGUGUCUUCCAGUGCUGGAAAUGUACAGCAAACUAAAGGAACAGAUGAAUGUAAAAAGAUACUAUUCUGCUUUAAAAACAAUGGAACAGCUAGAAAAUCUGUAUCUUCCACGAGUUAGCCAAUACCGGUUUUGCCAGAUAAUGAUAGAAAACCUUCCAAAACUGCGCGAAGAAAUAAAAGAAAUAUCCAUGUCAGAUCUCAAGGAUUUCUUAGAGAGUAUUCGAAAGCAUUCUGACAGAAUUGGGGAAACAGCCAUGAAGCAGGCACAGCAGCAGAAAACCUUUAGUACCACUCUUCAGAAGCAGAAUAAUGUAAACUAUGGUCAGAAUAUGCAUUUAGGUAGAAGCAGAAUUUUGGAAUCCAAGAAUGAAAUUACAUUGAAGCGAACGUUUGACGAAGAUGAUGAACAUGAAGAAGAGGUUUUAACUGCCCAAGAUCUUGUAGACUUUUCUCCAGUCUAUAGGUGUUUACACAUCUACUCGGUUUUGGGUGAUGGAGAAAUAUUUGAAAAUUACUACAGAAAGCAAAGAAGGAAACAAGCAAGAUUGGUUCUGCAGCCGCAGUCAAGCAUGCAUGAAACAGUAGAAGGCUAUAGAAGAUACUUCAGUCAAAUUGUAGGUUUCUUUGUAGUAGAAGACCACAUUUUACAUGUAACCCAAGGAUUGGUAACUAGAACAUAUACCGAUGAACUCUGGAACAUGGCCCUUUCCAAGAUCAUUGCUGUUCUUAGAACACAUUCAUCAUAUUGCAGUGAUCCCGACCUUGUUCUGGAACUGAAGAAUCUCAUUGUAGUAUUUGCUGAUACUUUGCAGGGCUACGGUUUUCCUGUGAACCGACUAUUUGAUCUUUUAUUUGAGAUAAGAGACCAAUAUAAUGAAACACUUCUUAAAAAGUGGUCCGGAUUGUUCAGGGAUAUUUUUGAAGCGGACAACUACAGCCCUAUUCCUGUAGCAAAUGAAGAGGAAUACAAAAUAGUUAUAAGCAAAUUUCCUUUUCAAGAUCCAGAACUUGAUAAGCAAUCCUUUCCAAAGAAGCUUCCAAUGUCUCAGUCAGUGCCUCAGAUUUAUAUCCAGGUUAAGGAAUUUAUUUAUGCAAGCCUUAAGUUUUCAGAGUCACUUCACCGCAGCUCGACAGAAAUAGAUGAUAUGCUCAGAAAAUCUACAAAUUUGCUGCUUACAAGAACUCUAAGUAGUUGUUUACAGAACCUAAUUAAAAAACCUCAUAUAGGUUUAACAGAGCUUGUUCAAAUCAUCAUAAACACAACACACCUGGAACAAGCCUGUAAAUACCUUGAGGAUUUUAUAUCUAACAUUACAAAUAUUUCACAAGUGACUGUUCACACUGCAAGACUUUAUGGGCUUUCUACAUUUAAGGAUGCAAGGCAUGCUGCAGAAGGAGAAAUAUACACAAAACUUAACCAAAAAAUAGAUGAAUUUAUUCAGAUUGCUGAUUAUGAUUGGACAAUGUCUGAAUCGGAUGGAAGAGCCAGUGGAUACUUAAUGGACCUUAUUAACUUUUUAAGAAGCACGUUUCAAGUUUUUACUCAUUUACCUGGAAAAGUGGCCCAGACAGCUUGCAUGUCAGCCUGCCAGCAUCUUUCAACAUCCCUAAUGCAGAUGCUACUGGACAGUGAAUUAAAACAAAUAAGCAUGGGAGCAAUUCAGCAGUUUAAUUUAGAUGUGAUACAGUGUGAAUUGUUUGCUAGUUCUGAGCCUGUGCCAGGAUUCCAGGGAGACACCCUGCAGUUAGCUUUCAUCGACCUCAGACAACUCCUGGACCUCUUCAUGGUGUGGGACUGGUCCACCUACCUGGCUGACUACGGGCAGGCCACCUCCAAAUACCUGCGGGUGAAUCCGAGCACGGCCCUCACGCUCCUGGAGAAAAUGAAAGACUCUAGCAAAAAGAACAACAUUUUUGCUCAGUUCAGGAAGAAUGAUCGUGACAAGCAGAAGCUAAUAGAGACUGUAGUAAAGCAACUUAGGAGUUUAGUGAAUGGUAUGUCCCAGCACACAUAGGCCUGUUAAAUUGACGGUAUCUCAUCACGCCAAGAGGUAUUUCUUCGCCACUAUUUCUACUAAGCAAACAGUGAUAUCAGUUAGGACAUUCGUUUCACCAAGUAAAGGAAAAAUGCAGUAGAUGGCUUGUACACGGAGUCUUCAGCAAACAAUUCUUUGUACGUAUUUUUAAUGGAUCGAAUACUAUUUUGUAUAUUGUAAACAAAUGGUGAAAAAUGAGACUGUACAAUAAAAAACAGCUCAAUCGUAUUGUACGUGGAACAGCUGAACUGUAAAUACGUUAUUUAAAUAUCUGCAGGCAUGGUGUCCAAAAUUUUGCUCCGGGUAGGACUUAUUUGAGAAAUGAUCCCUUAGUUGCUGUUUUCUGGAUGAAUCCUAAUGUAACGUUUUUUAAGCAUUGAGAUACUUGCAUUUCAGAUGCCGCCUAUCGUUUUCCUGCAUUAAAUGUAUAUUAGCCUUAAAGUGAUCGGACAUAAUUUUGUAUACCAGAUUUUGUAGUCUGGAGGUAUGAAAAAAUCUUCUGAUUUUUAGUACCUUUGAAAACUACCUGAGAACUAGACUUGAUAUUUAUUUAGCAUUAGGGCUUAUAGGCUUUGUUCUCCAAAAGGGUUUAAUCUUGAGGUUGUGAAUGUAAAUAACCAUUUGAAUUCUUUAUAAUGUGACAUUUUGUUUUGGUUUUGUUCCUCAGGGUUGCUGUUUCUAACUGUACUUUUGUAAGAUCCCGGGUUCUUUUCCCCAGGUUGCAGUAAGGAAUAGAUUUGCCACUGUUGGUUUCGUGCCGCAUCUGUUUGUCAGUAUGCGCUUUCUACUGCCAGACCCAUCCCAGCGAUUAGCAUUUCGUCCCACCGGGGGUCUCUUUGCACUGUCCCCUCCUGGCUAUUUUAGACACAAAGAGAAUGUCUGACAAACACAAACCAAAUGGAACAUGUAAAAAUGAUGUACAUUUUCGCUGUAUUUUUAAGUUAUUGACGGUCUAAAUACAGUAAUAUAAACCGCA